AUGAACUCUCCAAUGUUACGCGAUUAUGGGGUUGUGGGAUACACACAGCCUUUGCUUCGGGUCAAUGGGCUAAAAUACAUAGUUUGUAGAGCUAGACUAUCUCUUAUAGCAUGUAAAUCCUAA